UUAAACGUUCGCAUUAUGCGAAUGACCACAAGAUAUUACACUGACUUGAUUAAUAACACAUGCGUAAUACGAGUACAUGUCCUGAAUCCCAAUCGCCUAGCGCGUAUAUUAGGGGAUGCUCGCCAUGACUCCAAGCGAAAGCCUUCACGCUCGCAUCCGCACCCUCCCCGCGCCCGCCGCCCGCCCGUGCCGUCCUCUCAACCGCAAGAGUGCUGGCUGCGGGCGUCGAGUCAGCCGGAGGCCGCCGCGCCGCUGACAUCGCACCGUCCCAUGCAACUCCACACUUUUAUCUAUUUAACAAACUUUUACUAAGUGACUACAAUCUGCAACCAUGGAUGUGGAGGAGUUCCGUGUUCGCGGCAAGGAGAUGGUGGACUACAUCUGUACGUACAUGACGACGCUGGAGACGCGCCGGGUGAUACCCUCGGUGGAGCCAGGGUACCUGCGGGCUGCGCUGCCGGCUGAGGCUCCGCAACAUCCGGAGGCAUGGGACGAUGUCAUGACCGACGUGGAGAACAAGAUCAUGCCAGGAGUCACGCACUGGCAGCACCCGCGGUUCCAUGCUUACUUCCCGUCUGGCAACGGGUACCCCUCCAUUCUGGGUGAUAUGCUGUCUGCUGGCAUCGGCUGCAUUGGAUUCUCAUGGGCAGCAAGUCCAGCUUGUACGGAGUUGGAGAUCAUAAUGCUUGAUUGGAUGGGUAAAGCAAUUGGAUUGCCCCCACAGUUUUUGGCGCUGGAAGAAGGAAGUAAAGGAGGUGGCGUUAUUGAGGGCUCAGCUAGCGAAUGUGUCCUAGUGUCGAUGCUGGCUGCUAGAGCCAACGGCAUCAAAAGGCUUAAGCAUCAAUUCCCGAACGUUGACGAAGGCCUCCUCCUUUCCAAAUUAAUCGCCUACUGCUCAAAAGAGGCCCAUUCUUGUGUUGAGAAAGCUGCCAUGAUCUGCUUCGUGAAACUUCGUAUCUUACAACCUGAUGACAACGGGUCUCUGCGUGGCGAAACUCUACGAGAGGCUAUGGAGGAAGAUGAAGAAGCUGGUCGUGUUCCCUUCUUCGUUUCGAUUACAUUGGGCACAACUUCGUGCUGCUCUUUUGACAAUCUCCCCGAGAUAGGACCUGUGGUCCGAAAAUUUCCUAACGUGUGGCUUCACGUAGACGCUGCCUAUGCUGGCAGUUCUUUCUUGUGUCCCGAACAUAAGUACCAUUUGUCUGGUAUAGAGUACGCAGACUCUUUCAAUACGAAUCCGAACAAACUGAUGCUUACCAGCUUCGACUGCUCUCUGCUAUGGGUUACUAACCGAUAUCUUCUGACGUCAGCCCUAGUCGUCGACCCACUUUAUUUACAACACUGCUAUGACCACACGGCCAUCGAUUAUAGGCACUGGGGUGUGCCAUUGAGCCGUCGCUUCCGUUCACUCAAGCUUUGGUUUAUGUUACGGAGCUACGGUAUCAGCGGCUUGCAGAAAUACGUGCGACGUCACUGCGAACUUGCCAAAUAUUUCGAACAACUUGUGAAGAAGGAUGAUAGAUUCAAAGUGUGCAAUCAAGUAAAGUUGGGUUUGGUUUGCUUCCGCCUUGUGGGAAGCCCUCAGGAUCCAGGUGAACAAAUCGACGAACUCAACAAGAAACUGCUGACUAACAUCAAUGCUUCUGGCAAACUGCACAUGGUGCCUGCUUCGGUGGGUGAUCGAUUUGUCAUUCGUUUCUGUGUCGUCCAGCAACACGCCACGCGCGAAGACAUUGAAAUAGCAUGGGAUAUUAUAACCGACUUCGCUACGGAGCUUCUGGAGGGACCAGACAAGGAACGGGACCUGAACGAGGAGCGCGCUCGUCGCAACAAGGCUGCUCUUGCGCACAAGCGUUCGUUCUUCGUGCGCAUGGUGAGUGACCCGAAGAUCUACAACCCGGCUAUCAACAAGACGCCUCCACCGGUGCCCACCACUCCGGGCUCUCCACCGCGCUCUGUUGUGCCCACCACGCCCGACACGCCCACCGACCCGGAUCAACUCCAGCCCUCUACUCCCCAGCCCCAACAGCCCGGUUCCAUGACAAGCAGCAGGUCUGGUUCUGUGGUCGCCAAACUGCGUGCAAAGCGUGGUGAAUGGAAGCAAUCGUCUUGGAUCAGCUGGCCACUCGGAUUCUUCUUCCAGAGUGUGGAUAACGAUGCCAACGAUUUGCCAUUGAGGUUCCGGCACCUGGACACGAUGGUGCGCCUGAAGAGCCCCGGCACCACGAGCCGGCGCGGCUCCUCUCCGUGCGCGUCUCCCGAGCAUCGGGCGCCCUCCCCCCACCAUUGACCGACCUCCGCGUGUUACUCACAUCAUUAUUACUUAUCGCAGAAAUAAAUACUUAUGGCAGCAUUGAA